UCUCUCUCUCUCUCUCUCCACCCACACAAUGGUCCUCAGUCCGUUUCUUGUUUCUUCACAUGGGAAGCGCACAACCUGGGACCGCCGUCUACCUACUUAACUCCAAAUAUACAGAUAGAUCAUACAUCAUAUAUAUAUAUUUAUAUAUAUUUAUAUAGAUGUAUAGAUAUAUAGAUAUAUAUACAGGAAUUCUUUCAACACGAGCUCACCUUAAAUCAAUAAAUAAAUAAAAUAAGGUGGGGUACCUCGAAGAGACAGAGACAUAUAGAUCGGGAGAGUAUUGGUGCUGUAUAUAUUGAUGGAGAGUACGGAUUCGUCCUCUGGCUCACAGCAGCAGCUGCAGCAGCCACAGCUCCCACCGGGCUUCCGCUUCCACCCGACUGACGAGGAGCUUGUUGUUCACUACCUCAAAAGGAAGGCCACCUCCUCUCCUCUCCCUGUCACCAUCAUUGCCGAAGUCGACCUCUACAAGUUCGACCCCUGGGAGCUCCCUGGCAAGGCGACCUAUGGGGAGCAAGAGUGGUACUUCUUUAGCCCGCGUGACCGCAAGUACCCAAAUGGCGCACGGCCAAAUCGGGCAGCAACCUCAGGCUACUGGAAGGCAACAGGGACGGACAAGCCCAUCCUGACAACUGGAGGAACCCGACAGAAGGUUGGGGUGAAGAAGGCUCUCGUCUUCUACGGCGGCAAACCCCCCAAAGGAAUCAAGACCAACUGGAUCAUGCAUGAGUACCGCCUCGCCGACAGCAGCCCUAGUAGCAGCGCUUCUACAACUAGUUUCAGGCCACCCAACAACAACAACAACAACAACAACAACAACAACAACAACAAGACCUCUCUCAGGCUAGAUGAUUGGGUGCUUUGCCGGAUAUACAAGAAGAACAAGAGCAGUAACUACAGCAACGGCAACAAUGGGAAUAUAUUUAACACGCAGAGAUCUGCUGCAGGCGAGGAAGCAGAAGAUUCCUUCGACGAGAUGGUCACUCCACAGCUGCAGCUGAACCCAAUCAGGCACCCUGCACUGUUGCAGAGAGCUCCGACCAACUUCAUGGCGCUGCUCGACAACGACGGCAACUUCUUCGAGGGACUUCUCACCACUACUGAUAAGGAAGGCCACGUCGCCAAUAGUACUAAUCCCAUGAAUAAUUAUGAUCAAUUGGAAAAUGCGGGCCCAUCACUCCUACCUAAAUGCUCGCUAGCAUCCCCAUUCUGGACUGAAGCAGGGACCAUCGCUGCGCUGCUGCCGCCAAAGCAGUUCCACGGUUGCAGUACAGGCAACAUCGGCGUCAGUCACUCUAGCAGCAGCAACAGCAACGGGGGCCACCCUGUUGCCACGACAACAGUGCUGAGUCAGCAGAUCCCUCAUAGGGAACCCUACCCGCGCCAAACCACUAUCUUAGGAUCUGUAGGAGAUGCUACUAGCAGUGCACUGUUUCGGCCGCCCUGCCAGCUCUCUGGUGUGAACUGGGGCUCCUAGUCCUGGUUACACAUCUAUCUAUGUGUAGUCUCCGUAUAUUCAUCCAUGAUAGUAGAGAUGUCCGUACGCGUUAAAGGA